GCGCAUGCGCAAUGCGUGUCCGUUGGGCCGUUGCUGUUGGAGCGGGAAUACGCAUAGUGGUUGACUGACAGCAGCACAGCACAUCUCUCACCUUUACUGGUCCUACAGCUGAAAUAACAGCACAGCAUGCCUCGAGAAAUCAUCACCCUGCAGCUCGGACAGUGCGGGAAUCAGAUUGGUUUUGAGUUUUGGAAGCAACUGUGUGCUGAGCAUGGCAUCAGCCCGGAGGGCAUCGUAGAGGAGUUUGCCACUGAGGGUACAGACCGGAAAGAUGUCUUCUUCUAUCAGGCAGAUGAUGAGCACUACAUCCCUCGUGCUGUGCUGUUGGACCUGGAGCCCCGAGUCAUCCACACCAUCCUGAACUCUCCCUAUGCCAACCUGUACAACCCGGAGAACAUCUACCUGUCUGAGCAUGGCGGUGGAGCCGGUAACAACUGGGCCAGUGGCUUCUCUCAGGGAGAAAAAAUCCACGAGGAUAUCUUUGACAUCAUUGACAGAGAGGCAGAUGGCAGUGACAGUCUGGAGGGGUUUGUGCUUUGCCACUCUAUCGCCGGGGGAACAGGAUCUGGUCUCGGGUCCUACCUACUGGAGCGACUGAACGACAGGUAUCCUAAAAAACUGGUUCAGACCUACUCUGUCUUUCCUAACCAAGAUGAGAUGAGUGAUGUUGUCGUACAGCCGUAUAAUUCUCUUCUGACGCUAAAGAGACUGACCCAGAAUGCAGACUGUGUGGUGGUGCUGGACAAUACUGCUUUGAACAGAAUCGCAACAGACCGGCUGCACAUUCAGAAACCCUCAUUCUCUCAGAUCAACCAACUGGUGUCCACUAUAAUGUCAGCAAGCACAACAACCCUCCGUUACCCUGGAUAUAUGAACAAUGAUCUGAUUGGUCUGAUUGCAUCACUCAUCCCCACUCCCCGCCUCCACUUCCUCAUGACUGGAUACACACCGCUGACCACCGAUCAGGCCGUGGCAAGUGUGAGGAAGACUACAGUUCUUGAUGUGAUGAGGAGACUCCUGCAGCCCAAGAACGUCAUGGUGUCCACAGGCCGAGACCGUCAGACCAAUCAUUGCUACAUUGCCAUUCUCAACAUCAUUCAGGGAGAGGUGGACCCCACACAGGUCCAUAAGAGUCUGCAGAGAAUCAGGGAGAGGAAGUUAGCUAAUUUUAUCCCAUGGGGUCCGGCUAGUAUUCAGGUGGCACUGUCCCGCCGAUCCCCCUACCUGCCCUCAGCUCAUCGUGUCAGUGGUCUUAUGAUGGCUAAUCACACCAGCAUCUCUUCAGUAAGACCUGACCCUAAAUUCUCCAUGUCUGUACUGCUCAAAAAUAGGUUCUAUAUCAAUUGUUACUCUCGCGAGGUGGUUCAGCAGCUUGUGGACGAAUACAGCGCCGCCACCCGUCCCGACUACAUCUCCUGGGGCACACAAGAGCAGUGAAAUCCCCUCCGCUCACUCCCUAAAGCUCUUAGAGCGGAAACAGGCAGGCAUUGUAAAAUACACAAUGACUCCAGUAGAGCAUAACAGAAUUUCAGUAGUGAACGCACCUCCAGAGAUCUUUCACGGCUCCCCAUACUGUUCUGCCAGAGGCUUCUCUGCAUUACCGCUUGCGUAUGUACAGUAUAUACAUGUCAUUCGUUAUGUUUACGGGCCUAUAGAAGAGUUCUUCAUAACCUGGUGCCUCUAUCCUGAGCUGUAACUUUCACUCUUUCUCUCUCUCCUCCCGAUUUCCUUGAUUUCUUUGAUCAGAGAAUUUAUGGCUCCGUCUUAAUCUAUUUUUGUACUGCACUCUGCACUCUUCUGCACAAAUCUACAUCAAUCUACGUCAAGGUGGCCUGCACACAGACUUCCCUGACCACACACACGUUGGACGUCUACACCGAUAAGACUGGGUGGUCUCAGAUGAAUGUAACCGUAGGGAGGGAGUGUGAAAGAUUAAGCCUCUUAGAAGAGAUCAGACUAGAAGCAGCUUAUGAAUACACCAUCUCACUCCCUCACGUUCACGCAUGCAUGCUUUUAGACAAAAGGCGCCUGCUUUCAGGGGAUAGACUAUGAUUGUGCGAUUGAAUCAAUUUUCCUCUCGGUCUCGUUGUGGCGGAUUACUCUCGAAGAUUAUCUUGAGUUUUUGAGAGACGAU